UUUUUUUACAUGUGCUAUAUAAAUCUUGAAUUAUCAUCGUCAUCAUCACCACCAUCAUGUAUAUGGAGCAAUAUCGACAGGAAUUCUGCAACGUGCCAUCUAAAACAGUCAACACGAUUUAUUCAGAUUUUUUUAUUCUCUUCAGAUUGAACAACUUAGUUAUUUCGACCUUUGAUUCUGAUCUUGAAUAAAUACAUCCCAGAGGUUCAAGCAAUUAAUAUGAUCAAUUCAUCGGUAUACAUGUAUACAGAUUAUACAGAGUAACACCACGUACCCGAAAUAAGUAUAACUGAUUUUUAUGACUCCACCAUGUCAAACCGAUUUUUUGAAGGUGCUUCACACGCGGAUCAGUAUAUUAAAUUCAGGCCUACCUAUUCCGAAGAAGUAUGUCAGAAGAUUUUACGAUUUCUAAACGAAAAGAGCCCCCCUCCCCAUCAGCUGCUUGUAGAUGUUGGUUGUGGAUCUGGCCAAGGGACCUAUGGCUUGAGCUCACAAUUUGAACGCGUCAUUGGAUUUGACGUGAGCCCUGCACAGGUAGAGGCGGCAACGAAGGCAAAUACUGUCCCCAACGUUGAAUUCAAAGUAUCACCAGCGGAAACUCUACCUUUGGACGACCACUCUGUGGAUCUGAUCACGUGUUUCGAGGCUGUGCAUUGGUUUGAUUUUGAUAAGUUCUGUAACGAAUGUAGACGAGUCUUGAAACAAAAUGGCUGCCUGGCUAUCAUCAACUAUGGAGAUUAUAAGAUCGAACACGUGGAUGAACGUAUCAGGAAAAACCUGGAACGAUAUUUCAAAGAGCUUGAAAAAGACCUUGAAAAGUUUUGGCUUUCAGAAGGAAAAUUUGCACAAGAUGGUCUGCCUGGAUUACAUUUACCCUUCCCACAAUCCUUCAGAGAUGAGUCUCUGCAGCUUAGAUGUAAAUGGUCCGUUUCCCAAAUAAGUGGUUUUAUCAGAAGUUCUUCUGCAUUUCAGCGACAGUUAAAGACUAACCCAUCCGAUCAAGUUCUAAAGGACUACCAAAGCAAGGUCAUGUCAGCUGUAGCUAGCCCAAGUUCAUCACCGGAUGACGUCAUUCUUAAUAUCGUCUGGCCUCUCACGUUACUGUUGGGAAGAACAUAAUGAAAUACACUUGAAGAGAUGGACAAAAAGGGGGUUUAUGGAUCUACCCCCCCCCCCUCCUGUUAUAGCUACGUUAGUAGCCGUGGAUCCUAGAAUAUUCCGUUUGCAAUAUUAGUGAAAAUGAUGAGUUACAGACAUAGCGUUUUCGAUUGAGAUAUAUAUUUUUUUUUUUUGGGGGGGGGGUGUUCUCCAGGUAAAUACGAACAUUAUCCUCGAUCAUGUCGAUCGUCUUUGUCAUCAUCAUCAUCGUUUUCAUGGUCAGUAUCGUCAUCAUCAUGACCAUGAUCAUCAUCAUUUUUUUUUCUUUUAUCCUCUUAAUCGAGGUAUUUAUUCACAAUAACAUGUACAUUUAUAUACAAACAAUAAAAAAAAAACAAUUCAAUUCAAUAAUGCAAUAAUUUUUUGGAUAU